AUGCAUAUUACAAACGAGACGAAUGGUGGUGAAACUAACGGAGACGAAAUUCGAUUUUCUGAUUUAUAUGAUUUGUAUGAAAUUAUUGGAAAAGGCCCAUUUAGUGUUGUUCGACGAUGUGUAGCUAAGCAAACAGAUAAACAGUACGCAGUUAAAAUUAUUGAUGUUGAACACUUCAUAUCGACUCCCGGUUUUUCAGCUGAUGAUUUGCGGCGUGAAGCAAGCAUUUGUACAAGCCUUAAGCAUCCUCAUAUUGUUGAAUUGUACGAAACCUUUGAGUCGGAAGGGUGUUUAUUUAUGGUUUUUGAAUACAUGGAUGGAGCUGAUCUAUGUUUUGAAAUAGAGAAGCGUGCAAUUGCUGGGUUUGUUUAUAGUGAAGCUGUAGCUAGUCAUUAUAUGCGACAAGUAUUUGAAGCUGUUCGAUAUAUUCAUGAUCAUUCUAUAAUUCAUCGUGAUUUAAAGCCUCAUUGUGUUCUAUUAUCGUCAAAAGAAAAUGCAGCACCAGUUAAGUUAGGUGGAUUUGGAGUAGCAAUUCAAUUACCGGAAUGUGGAUACAUCAGCGCAGGUCGUAUUGGAACGCCAGCUUUUAUGGCGCCUGAAGUCGUUAAUCGUGAAUCUAGUUUUGGUAAACCUGUCGAUAUGUGGUCGUGCGGUGUGAUGUUAUACGUAUUAUUAACUGGAAAUUUACCAUUUGCUGGAACAAGAAAUAGAGUAUUUGAAAUGAUAGCAAAAGGAAAGGCCAGUAUGGAAGGUCAUCAAUGGGAGCAAAUAAGUGAUUCAGCGAAAGAUUUAGUUACACGUUUAUUAUGCAUUAGUCCAAAUGAUAGAAUAACAAUCAAAGAUGCACUCGCUCAUCCAUGGAUUCGCGAACGUGAAAAAUUUGCAGCCAGAAAACAUUUGGCUGAUACGGUUGAUGAAUUGAGAAAAUUUAAUGCAAGAAGAAAAUUAAAGGGAGCUGUUCUCGCUGCUGUUUCCAGUCCUCUUUGGUCUCAAAUAAGUUCAACCACAAACGGUUCACCAUCCCCCGAAUACGAUGAUAUGGCAUCAGGAGCUGUUUCUCAAAUCUUGGAUAGUCUUGAAGAUACUCAAUGGUUAACAAUGGGUGAUCGUGUUGAAUUAGAAUUUUUACAAAAAUUAUUUGAAGAUGAACAAUUACAACGUCUAUUAGAAUUGUAUGAUCGUAUUAAUUCGGAUGAUAUUCGUCCCUAUACUUGUCCUGAACCAAAUGCUGUUUAUGUUUUCAAUGAAAUUUUACAAUUAUUAGACGAAUAUACAACUAAACAUGAAUAUAAAGAAUUGUUAAACAUAUUAUUAAAACCACAUAUACAGGUAAGUUUGAUCUAUCAAAAUAUGUUAGACUUUUUAGUGAUUGAUACAAAAUUAAAUGAGCUCAAAAAUUAG